AUGAGGUCGCUUAGCACUGUCGUGGCCGCCAUCUUGUUCACAGGUUCCGUGUAUUGCACAUUGCCAUCUAUUGUGACACAACCAGAAGGAGGCAGUUUUACAGCGGGUAUAAUAAAUUUUGACCAGGAAUCUGAAAAGUGCUUCUUGAAAACACCCGCAGAUGAAUUGGUAGUAUUGAAACCUAUAGAUGGAUCUAGCGACAAGUAUGAAUUACUACCUGAAGAUGACGUCAUCAGAUGCAGGGUGCUGAUAAAACAAUUGACCCAGAAUGAUAACGGAAUAUGGACCCUUCAUAUGACUACGAAGUCUGGAAAUGAAGAUACACAAUCAUACAACGUUACCGUUCUAACUCUAGAAACAACUGAGCCACCGACUACAACGGAAAAAGACCAAGUUGAAAUAGAAAAUCUGCCAGCACAGAAUAUUAAUACCACACUUGGGACUAGCCAUAUCAUCACGAUACCUGACUUCUCAUUCGUGACCAGCGAAAGAUGUAUUAUAGUGACGCCAUCUGGUGAAAGAAUUGGUUUACAAGAACUGAAGGAUUCAAGUGUAAUCCAAGCCAUUACUGACUCGGACGCCGCUUGCGCUGUAAAGAUUUCCGUAAACAAUGAAGACGCUAUCGGCGACUGGUUGUUAAUCUCCGAAGGGACAAGAUUUUCCAAACAAAUAGAAAGAAGGUUGCCAUUUGCAGUACGCGUUGAAGAAAAUGUUGACGCUUCUAUGGACGAAGUAACAUUAGCUGAAGGGAACGAUUUCUACAUUAGAUUGAAGAAUUCUAUUCCCGAUUCUGGUACUUGCAGACUCGUUGGACCUAAUGGCUCACGGAAUUUUGAGAUAGACCAGCGUUAUUCGGAUGUAUGUGGUUUUUUGGUUAGAGAAGUUAUACCCGCCGAUGCUGGCACGUGGGAGAUUCAGUAUGGUGAUAAAAUAUUAUACCGUGCUCGAGUUAUUCUACAUGUUAAAGGUAAUUCAGCAAAUAAAUUAGACCCGCUGACAUGGUCUAGAGACAAUCAUUUGAAUACUACACUCGGUCCUGAAACAGCGAUUUACUGCAAGUUAGAGAGUCCUAGCGGAAGAAUAGUUUACGAUGGUUUUGGAAGAUGCAGAGCUGUUAUUGAUAGAGUUACCAUGGAACAUGAUGGACUAUGGAAAAUGACUGUUGGAGCGCCGGGAGGAGUGUUCACACAGAAAUAUGAAGUUACAGUCAAAGUUGUAGAAAGAUCUCACGACACGCCUGCAAUCACUAGCGUGUCAUACAAUAAGCCGGUUGUUAUUAUGACGUGUAAAGCCACGAGUCGGGUUCCAUUCAACUCUUGUAAGUUCCGGAACCCGGUGGGAGAGAUACUCUUGGCUUCGGAAGGAGUUGGUCAGGGAAGAUAUAGCUUCCAUGGAAAUGGAACCAGCUUCAACGAGGGCUUGUACACACACGAGUGUGGGUUCCAACUAUCCGAGCCUCAAGUACGUGAGCUCGGGUUCUGGAGGUGUGUUCUGGAGACAGCUGACGGGAACCACUACGGGUUCCUGAAGGUACUACCUCCAUGGAGCAUGAGGGACCCUGAGGUUGUAGCGGGUAUCGUGAGAACGCCGUCCGUCACUCCGUCAGGCGACGUGACGUCUCUCUCCGGUACGAGUGUUCGUUUCCAUUGUUCCUCACCCGCCGCACUCCGCUACUGUUACUUCAGAGCUAGGAACGGAACCGUUUACAACGUCGAUCAGAAAGCUAAUACUCCAUACUCCAUAGCUUCAUCGAACUACGAGGGUAACGGCUUCCCGUCCGGAGAGUGUGGUAUAAGGUUCGAGUCCCUGGUAGUGAACGAUUCGGGACCUUGGAGUUGCCAUGUUGGUAUUGAAGAAGAUGGAUCCUUAAUUGAACUGAGGUCUUCAUUCAAUGUUGCCAUACACGAACCGAUGGUAGUGAAUCAGUGGAUGGAAAAAGACAGAUUGAUGCUGACGGCUCAGGUCCACGGAUCACAACAACUUGAAUACUGCAGAUUCGUCCGCAUUGAUGGCCUCGGCUUCACGAGCGUAUCCUUACCUCGUUACACGGACACGUCAGACCUAUCCGUCGGUCGUUGUGGCCUCAUUAUAUCCGGAGCCAGUAUUAUGGAGCGUCACCCGUGGACAGUGGUCGCGAGGGUGGAAGGAGGAGACGAACUGGUCGGAACCAGUACACCCACAUUGGAUAUACCAAGACCUAUUAGAAGACGAUCUUUAAAUUUCCCUCUCUUAAUAAUAAUGUCGAUCGGCAUUAUAUUGAUCAUACUCGGCGCUAUCGUCGGUCCCAAGAGGAACCGGGAGUGGGCGGCUCAAAGGACUAGCGCGUUCAGAAACAGCUUGAGAAACAGCUUCAGGAAGAAACCAUUACAAGCUGACAGCAACGUGAACACAGCUUGUGCAGCAUAA